AUGAAGUGGAAUCGUAUUGAAGGUAUGUUAUUUCACAUCUUUUUUUCAAACUUAAUCUUUUUGUUUCAGGAAGAUUCAAUCUGAAGAUGUUGCUUAUGAUAGCACUGCUGAACGCAUGUUAUGCUGAUUCUACCGGUAAGUUUUUUUGUUCACAUGAGUAUUGACAAUCUUAACAUUAUACUUUUAUUAUUAUAGUCAUUUCACGGUAGAUCUUGGUCGCUAAAUACAAUAUAUAUGUCUGUUCAGAUUUUGAAUGUCAAGUAGAAUGUCGUCAUUCGAAAUCGCUCUGUGGGUGGCUCGCUCUCUGAUUGGUUCAUCUCCCCAUUAGGGGGCGGAGCUUGAGCGAGGACUUGACAUUUGAAAUCUAAACGAACUAUAUAGUCUGUUCAGAUUUUGAAUGUCAAGCAGCUAACUCCACCCCCAAGGCUACAAUAUCUUUCGCGUCAAUGUUUUAUCUACAUAUGCCAAUGGCCCUUUAAUAAGGCUGCUUUUUUGACCUCUUUUUCUAUCUUUUAGAUCGAAAAAAAAAUCAAAAUUAGUCCCGCGCGAUGAAACAUCGACGCGAAAAGGUACCGUCUCAGCAGGGGCGGAGUUAGCUGAUUGACAUUCAAAAUCUGAACAGACUAUAGUAUCGAUCGUUUGCUGCGGACUUAGGAGCCCGUGUUUUUUGAAUGAGUAGUUUUAUAAAAGUUUGGACUUUAUAGUUGGAAAUGCCAAAAAUUGAAGAGAUUUUAAAAUAAAAAUACCAUGAUCAUGUUUUUAAGACCAGCUGAUUAGCAGUUAUAGUCUGUUCAGAUUUUGAAUGUCAAGUCGUCGCUCAAGCUCCGCCCUAAUGGUGCGAUAAAACAAUCAGAGAGCGAGUCAUCCACAGACUGUUUUUGAACGACGUCAUUGCACUUGACAUUAAAAAUCUGAACAGACUAUAAUGCUCUUCUCUAAGCUGCAGUCGAUGAAGAUUUUUUUAACUUGCAGAAUCUUGCUGCAAAGAGGCCCAUCUUUAGCGUACGCGGGUCUGGGGCGACUUCGACCAAACCGGGAUGCACAUCUGAGGAAGGUCAAGUGGCCUGCCGAAGCGCUGGUUUAUGUGGACCAGGAGUCGAGGCAAUGGACCAGUCUGUUUGUUUUUAUUUGCGGCGGAGAAGAGGCAGUACGAUCGCGGUGGUCAGAAACCGACGUGAAUUUCAAAUUCCUCAAAAGAAAUCAUCCACAAAGGGGCCGGGUACGUUUCUUUCCAUAAUAUGAAACGAGCUUUCAUUAUGAAUUUUCCGCUACUUAUCAGUGACAUUGCGCUGCUAUUUAAAGUCGCUUCGGGCACCGUGUAAAGCAAAAAGUGACAUCGAGGAACGACUAUGUUUUCAGCGCAAAUUAUCUUGCCCAUGCAAAAUGCAGUCAGAUGAUGCCCACGACUUGAAAUUUCAUGGAACGACACUCCGGUGGUGGCCUUGUGGUCAGCUGAAAGCGCCUAGCGUUUUGACGAAUUUCGGUCGCUUGCUUUUCCAUUUUUCUCAUUUUGAAAAUUUCACUGUUUUAAUUAUGUUUCAAUAGUUUUCUUCGUUGCCAAACUCAUGAUUAUCAUUGCUGGUGGGUAGACUGUUUCAUUAGAAACAAAUAAAGUUAACUACUUCUCAAUUUUAAGCGAAAAAUGCGUUUAUAAUAUUAAUUUUCAACGACCCUGACGAUGCAACAUUCUUCCAUUUUCACUUGUAAUUUUUCAAAUCAUUUAAAAAAUAUCCCGAAACACAAUGAAUGUUUAAAAACAAAUUAAUGUUUCAACAUUGACGAAUUUGUACAAAAAGUAGAUACAUAAGUUCAAAGGAAAAAUCAUUAGUUUUCUGGACUUUUCGUUCAGCACAUCGUUUCCACUGUUCCAAGUGCCCACUGUUCACGCCUCAUUUCUGACGCAUUAUCCCUAAAGCUCCAUUUUAAAAAAAGGAACCAAAACCUUUCUUCAAAUUAUGUUUCCAUUGCAAAGCUCGAAAAGGCAAUAAUCUCCUCAUAUUAGCAUUUUUCUGCAAAUUCUUGUAUUCUUUUUCGGUUGAAAUUAUCAAAAAGCAUUAGCAAGAAAAACAGUGAAUGAUAUUUAACCUCAAUGAAAAUUUUUCCACAAAACACGGCGUUUCUGCCAGUUGAAGAAAAAUGCAAGGAAUUUUGAAACUCGGCAAAGUCUGCGCACUUCUCGAAAUUCGCCCGCGAAAUUUGAAAAAGUGGCUUUAUUUUUGAUUUUUUGUCAAUUUUUUCAUAUUUUUUCACUUUUUCUUUUCGUAGAUUGCUGAUAGUAUUGCGGGACCACGAUCAGGGGUAUACUCUGGGUUGUUAGACGUUUUUAAAAGUAGUUCUGUGAGGCUAACUUUAAAACUCUUGAUGAAGAAGCGUUUUGAAAAAUCUCCACCUGUUUGUAUGGAACAUGUUUUCACCCCAUUUUAUGUUUUUCUUAUUCUAUUUUUGUCGAUUGUUCAGAUUCCUAGGUUGUGGACAUCAAUGAGAUGAAGAUUACAUGAAAAAGUCUGUGAAGUUGAGAAAAUAUGUCCCGGAAUUCAUUUAUAUCCGGAUAUUCCGUCAACUUUUUAUAAUAAAAAGUACUUGCUGUAAAAACAUCUUUUUAUUUGUUUUCUCCACAGCAAUAUAGUUUUUAUUUAAUCUCUUUUAAUUUCCUCGUCUUUUUUUCUUCAAUGUUCAUUCGUUUCUCACACUUAUAUCAUCGGUUAACCUUAUUUAUCGGUGCAUGCACUAAACACGUCCUAAUUGACGGAGAAAAGUGGGCGGGGCGUCGCAAAAGGAACACCGUGAAAACGCCGCAAAGACUUUUGAAGUUGAAAAUAUCGCGUCUUUAAAUCCAAACGUUACUCUGCAAUUUCGAUGUCAGUGGAAUAUGAAAAACUAACCUCGUCUUAGAUCCCUAUGGAUAAGCUUCUUCCUUCCUUGCCAACCUUUGAAAUCUCGUUCAGAUUCCCUCAAUAAAAUCAUGUCCAACGGCAAUAAAAAGUGAAAGAACAAAAAUAAAGGAGUUGAUUUAACCUUAUGUUGACUGAAACCGAUCUCUCUAUUUCAUUGUGCUCAUGGAAGUUCACGUCUUUAUUUUAUAAGGCACUCACUUUCUGGAAAAAAUCCAUUAACCACUGCAAACAGAAAAAAAAACCAUGAAAACAUUAAAAAAAACACAGAAACUUUUGUAGAAUAUUGUGGUUAACGGCCUAUUUCACCCGCAAAUCUUUUUGGUAAAUCUUUGAAAACUUUUUUGAGAAACGAGAAAAACAAUAUUGAAGCGAUUGACGAAUACAUGAAGUUUUUAAAUUUUUCUAUCGCUUUUUCGAGAAAGAUCAUGAAAUUUACUGUGUUCUUUCGUUUACAUUUGUACAACACAAUCCUUCUCAACGGUAAUAAUACAUUUUAACGGAAUAAAAUAAUUAAAAAAACGAUCAAAAAAAUAGAAUGAAAAACCAAAAAUAAUUAGCGUGGCCGAGGUUGGCAAAUUCGCAAAAAGCGCGCUAUCGCACAAAUCGAAACAGCGGAGUGUCGUUCCAUGAAAUUUCAAAAUUUUUUUAUUUUUUUAAUAGCUUCUUCUGUUUUUCAGGUCCAGCUUUGUCACUGAUUAACAGCACUUUGGGCUCAGAAUCUUUCAUUAAUUUGGAAAAAAAUCGAAGUCGAUGACGUCUCUAUUUACUGCGACGGCACUACCGACUUGAUCAAGAUUGUAGGAAGUAUCCCUCAAGAUAUAGUCGACCGACUGCACAGAGUGGGAAAUAAGGUACGAUUUUUUUCUUUGAAAGAAUGAUGAGAAAUUAAAUAUCUCACAGUGUUUUCAAAGGCUCGACUUAAGUUUUUUUCUAGGAGAGAAAAAAUUAAAAACAAAACAACACAAUUCUUUUUUGAAGCACUUGAAUAUGACGUUUUUCUAGCUUCAUUUUUCAAAAAAAUGUUUCUUUUUAUAGGCGCACAGAAAAAAAUAUUUUUCAUGAAGAUUCAAGAGUGGAAAGCUCUUGAAUGACUCUUUGGACAUCCUAGCAAACUUUUUAAGGACAUGAAUCGAUAUCUAAACCAAAAAGUGUUUACAGAAAGUAUGACUUUUUCCAGACCCUUGAAGCCUGCAAGUCAUUGACGACUACUCAGCCGACGGUUCUUGGCGCGACCCAGCGAGCAGGAGUCCCUAGAUCGAACUCUUCUGCCGCGGUGAUCUCCCAAUUGUGCACGCAGAAGAUAGAUGCCGAGAAGGAGAAGUGCUCUAGCAACAGUGAGUUUAAGGAAAAAAAGUAACAAAAAAACUGAAUUUUAGUGAUUGAAAGAUAGACUAGACGCUUUUUGAAAAAUGAUUAAUAUUUUUUUGAAAAAUAAAUUCAGUGAACAUAAUGGGUAUUAAAGGAUGUAAAUUGUAGAGAUUUUUGCGGUGAGAAAAUGUUGAACCUAGCCUUUUUCAGAUGUCAUUUUUAUAAUAUGUGUACAUCAUUGAGUUCUUUGAAUUAUCGACCAAAUUGAGAAGAGUUAUCUGGGCUUUUUCUUCACAGACACGCUGCUGUACAUCGCCUGUGCAGUGAUAGUGGUCCUUUUGAUUGUGAGCAUCGUUUCGACGAUCAUCGCCCUCAAGCUCUACUUAUGGCGCCACAAAAAGGACCUGCUCCUAGCUUCCUUCGGUAUUGGUUUUUCUGAUAGCAAAUUUAAUGCCGUGUUCAAUUUGAUUCCGCGAAAUGCAAAAUACCUGUUAGAGAAAGGAAAAGAUCACUAAAUUUUGGAGAGUCAGAGAUCAUUUUGGAUUUCGCGGAAUCAAAUUGAACACGGCUUAAGCAUUUUUAUAGUUUUCAGUUCCCAAAAAUAGAACUUCAAGUAUGAACUUCAAAACUUUGAGAAAGGUUAUUGCUCGUUAAUAAUACAAAAAAAGUUUAUUUCAAUGAAAUUCCACUUUUUAAACUUUUGAGUUUGUAGUUUGCUUUUUUUCCUGGAAUAUUUCCUGGCCGAUUUUUCAGAACUUUCCUAAAUGUAGAAUGUCAAUUUUUCUUGCUGACGCUUUAAAAUAAAACAUUUUUGUUUUCAGGUUCCCACGCCGCACAAGUGAUCGAAAUGAUCCUUCACCGGCUUUGCGACGGUGAUUGUCGCAUUCGUUAGUUCUUUUUUCAAUUCACCUUUUUAACUCAAUAAAUUUCAGUUAAACGAGUCUAUUCGGAUAGGCACGCUGACAACGCCUUUCUGGCGUGUAAGUUUUAUGAAAAAAUUUCAAUUUCAAUUUUGUUUACUGAGUCUCUCUGGACUGACAAGGGAGGUAAUUUUACUUUGCAGUUAAGGCUUUCCUGAAAAUUGGCCAAAACACUCCUUGAUGAACCAGAAGAAGAUUAUGAAAGCCUCAACCUGCACAAUCUCCGACUUUUUGAGAAAAGAGCUCAAAGAAAACAGUCGAAAUCUGUUAAUGAGCUACGUUGUGGCUUUAGACCCUCAUUUCUCGAAAUCUAGUAAGUUGUGCAGGUGGAGACUUUCACGAUUUUCAUCUGGUACAUCAAGAAGUGUUCUGGCCAAUUUUCAGAGAAGUCCAAACCGCAAAAAAUUUCUUCCUGUAUGUUUUUUCCGGAAAAAAAAAGAAUUUUCUUCUUGUAUGUUUUUCCGGUAAAAGAUGAUUUUCUUUUUCAGACGACCAUGUGGUAUUUGAGAAGAAGUUGACAGCACGUAGAUUCUGGAAGGUCCAGCAAGGCAAAAAAUUGGACUUCGAUAAUGAUUUCAAAAGAGCGCCUGCUCAUAAGGUCAAUCAUGUCACGAGUGAUGAACUCUUCCGGCUGACUAGAGAAGGGAUCCCGACCGAAGACGUCCAGGAGGCGCUGCAGAAGUACGAAGAAGUAAAGACGAGCAUCGUCAAAAGUGGAAAGUUCGAUCCUCCCAAGAAUGUGAAUCCCAUCUCGGACACACGUCAGCGAAAUCGUGAACUGAUGGCUGCGAUGAAGUCUGCGAGUCAGAAGAAGGUCAAGCCCGGUGCCCCAUUUUAUAAGGAUCCUUCGAUGCUCUCGAAAGCCGAAAAUAUGAUCACGAACAGUGACGAUGAACAGCCGCCGAAGAGAUUAGAGUCCAAGGACCAGGCAAAGCUUUCGGUGCCCGCCUCUAAGGACAAGGUUCCCGCUCCUCAGACCAACCGCAAGCCUGCUGGCGCCGAAGCCGCUCCCAAAAAGCCCGCUCCGGCAAAGAAAGACGCUAAAAAGCCGCCCUCGCAGGAGACCACUUCGAAGGAACCUGUCGGCAAGUCUACGAACGACACAGGUUGGUUUGAAAGAAAAAAAAAAUUCGGGUUUUUGAUGUUGAGAAAGCUCAAUUAUUAGUUAUGAGUGUUAGCAGAAGAAAGCUUAUUAAGCUUAUUUUGGUCACAUUUUUCAGCUGACCGACAAGAAGGCUGCUGCUCAGGCUCAGGCUCCGGCCCAAGGUGCGGGUUCCGCUGAAGAACCACUGCCGCAGCCAAGGAUUAGAGAGCCGGAGGUCGACCCGAAGUACGCUGGACAGUUUCCAAAGGAAGUGGCACCCCGAUCUCUCUGCAAACCGAUGCGGGUCAAGACGUCUGCUUGCCCGGAAAUCUCGAACGAGUUUUCCGGGGAGUCCGACGAGCUGAGUUAGUAGCCUCGAAAAGAUAUAACAAAAUAAUUUGGCGUUUUCAGAACAAACAUUCACCGCUCUCACGAUGAUCUUCAACAAGGCCAAAGAGGUCAUGAAGGUUCACGAACAGGGUAAAUAACUACUUUGCGAUUGAACUUGCUUUAGAACUCGGAGAACCAGUUGAUCAUCAGUUGAUUCAUAAUAAUACAAUUCAGCCUCGGUCGUGAUCGCUCAGAUGAUGGAAGAUUCCGUGGUAGACACGCGCGGAGCCGUGUACGAAACGACCGUUCUCCGGGAGCGAGAGGGCGAUCUUCGAAUUCCUCUGGUUCGGGGUUGCCCGUGCAAGGAUGACGGCAACAAAGGCUACAACGUCCAGGGUGAGUACUCAGGCGAUUCCUGGGAAAGGCUGGCAAGGUACUGGGAAGGCGUUGGGAAGAUCUGUUUCCGGUUCCGCGGAAGGCGUUCGGAAGGUUUCCAACAAGUGGACGAACGCCUUUCAAAUAGCUUUCCAACGCCUUCACGCAAAUCUUUUGAGUAACGAGUUUUUUUUUGUUUACUUCAUCUCUUUCCAGACUUUUUGAAUGACCUCAAUACGUUGCGCCACACCGACAAAGACUAUGACCCAGAGCUUUACGAACUUCUUGAAAGUGGAGAGCGUAUCCGUGCCCAGAAGUUGGGCGCUGCGGGAAAAAACUACUCAUAUUUCUGGAAUAGUUAGUUUCUACCGAAACAAAUAAUUUGAAAACAAUAUGUAAACCUUGAAAAAUUGCUAGUUGUACCAGUAAGGUCAGAACUUCUGACGGGACGCCCUGAUCUUCCUUUAAUUUCGAGUAGUCGUCCCGGGGCGCCCCGCCACGUUGAGUAGAUGAGUUAAAAUGAAGUAUGAGUGAAAAAAUCCGGAGAAACGGAUAAUAAAGAGUCGAUAAGUGGAAGAUACUUAGAUUAUUACUUAGUAAAAAGAUAAUGAAUAUUUAAUCGUCCCAUUGAGUACAGAAGAAAUCUAAACAAUGUGACCUCUCCGCGGAGGACGUUGCGGUCGUUAAACUUAGAAUGUUGGAAUUUUUUUCAAAGUAAAAACGAGUUUCAGAGAAGACGACCACGGCCGAGGCGGUCCUUCCGGGAGAGACAUUCGAGAGAGCCAUGAUUCGCAAGGAAAGUGAGAACUUUCUCUUUUUCUAAGCAUACACGCGGAUUUGUUUCUCUCAAAAAUUGUUUGAAAAAAUGCGAAAAAAAUGUUCUUUUUUUCAGAAGAGAUGGAAGACCUCAAUCGCAUUACCGAUCUGUACAAAGUUCGCAAGUGCCGCCUCCCAGCGAACCGUAAGGGAAUCUGGGGCUACAAAAAAGGAAUGAUUAACCCCAAUAUCAAAAAGAAAGACACGAAGAAGUCGAAAGAGGACAAGAAGGUCGCCAGCAACCAUGAGAAGAAGGAGAAGGAGAGCGAGAAGGAGAAGAAUAAGGAGGAGGAAGAAGAUAAUAAAAAGGAGGAAGGAGCGCGGGAGAAAGCGGCCGAGCAAACUAAAGAGAAGACCCAGGAGAUCAGCAAGGAGAAAAAUUAA